GAUAGACAAAGGGAGAGAGAGGGCGCGAAACACAGAGAGAGAAGGACGAUCCAAGAUAUGGACGAUCCUUCGAACGCUAAAUCUAACCAAUGUCCGCCUUUGGCCAACCCAGCUCCGACGCCGGCGCCAUUCCGGGGACCGUACCAUCGGCGAGCACAUUCGGAGGUUCAAUUCCGUCUCCCUGAAGAUCUAGAUCUCUCGGAACCUUUCGGAGGAUUCGACGAGCUUGGAUCCGAAGAUGACCUCUUCUGCUCAUACAUGGACAUUGAGAAACUUGGAUCCGGAUCCGGAUCCGCUUCCGAUUCUGCUGGACCAUCCGCUCCUAGGUCCGAUAACCCGUUUUCCGCUGAAAAUGGAGGCUUGGGAAGAGACGACGCUGGGAAUUCGAGGCCUAGACACAGGCACAGCCUCUCCGUUGAUGGGUCUUCGACUUUGGAGUCAAUCGAGGCCAAGAAAGCCAUGGCUCCUGAUAAACUCGCCGAGCUUUGGGUCGUCGACCCCAAGAGAGCUAAAAGGAUAAUUGCUAAUCGACAGUCUGCUGCUCGUUCAAAAGAGAGGAAGGCUCGGUAUAUCUUGGAGCUCGAGAGGAAAGUUCAGACCUUGCAAACUGAAGCUACUACUUUAUCAGCACAACUUUCUUUGUUCCAGAGAGACACAACUGGUUUGUCAUCUGAGAAUACAGAGCUCAAGCUUCGUUUACAGGUCAUGGAACAACAAGCUAAGUUGCGAGAUGCACUGAACGACCAACUGAAAAAGGAAGUUGAGAGGCUGAAAUUCGCAACUGGAGAAGUCUCUCCCGCUGAUGCCUAUAACCUCGGAAUGGCACACAUGCAAUACUCUCAACAGCAACCACAACAAUCAUAUUAUCAACAUCAUCAGCAGCAAACCGAUGCUCAAAACCUGCAACAAAUGACUCAUCAGUUUCAUCUCUUCCAGCCCAACAACAACCAAAACCCGAACAUUACAUCAUCAUCCUCUUGCCAAAACCCUCCCUCUGCUCAUCAGCUUAUGCAUCACGCUACUUCGAAUGCAUCGGGUCAAUCUCAUUCCUUUUCAGAGGCAAUGCAUGAAGACCCUCUUGGCCGGUUACAGGGGCUUGACAUUAGCAGCUGUGGCAGAGGCUCAAACUUUGGUAGGUCUGACACCGUCAGUGAAAGCAGCAGCACCAUGUGAAGCUGCCUUUUCUAGAUUCCGCUUUGUCGAUAAACCUAUUCUUUUGCGCUCCCUUGAAAUCUUUAGCUAAAAAGGUAACAUCUUCGUGACCGCCUGAUUCAUUUUUAAUUCUGUAAAACUGGUUUCUUUUUGGGGGUUUCAACUUAGAGACCACAGGUGUUUUAACUUGUCUGAUUUCUCUGUUUCCUGAUUCAUAUUGUUCUUCCGGGGGAAUUACCAAAGUCGAACCAGAUAUAUUUUUUUUCUGUUUCUGUAUGUCUUUUUUGCUUCCCUAUAGUUGCUUCUACAAUCAUCCUUGUAAAUGGUGGUUGGAUUUGGAUUUGGAUUUGGAUUUGGUUAUGCCUUG